AUGAUUAUCUUCAGGCAUAGAAAAGGCCGUCUUAUCACCGUUCUACUCAUCACUAUCUUUGUGUUACAUACUGGACAGCUAUUCUCCAAGUCACUUGUUGAUUUGGCAAAAAUUGCCCUUCGGCUGCUGGGCAGCCCAAGUCAUUGUGCAUGUAUCAAAUGUAUGACUCAGCCGGAUGAUGACCUCUGGUUUCAGAAGCGCUUCAUCAGGUCUAUCAAACCAUUUCUGACCAGAGAGAACAAGAAACUUAAUGAAGAUACCAGAGCAUGGUGGCAGAAAUUGCAGAAUGACAGUAGCACAGCCACCUUCGGAGAGGUGGUGGAGCACUUGUUCCAGGUCAUCCCUGAUGAUGACCUCUACAUGGAUGCGGCCCCUGAGCGCUGUAGGACCUGUGCUGUGGUAGGGAACUCUGGGAACCUCAAGGGCUCCCACUACGGAGCCCUCAUCGACUCCAAUGAUGUCAUCAUAAGAAUGAACAAGGCUCCUACCUCUGGCUAUGAGGAGGAUGUAGGAAGCCGGACCACGCAUAAAGUCAUGUACCCAGAGAGUGCUAUAGAUCUGGACAACACAACCAGGUUCCUGCUGAUCCCUUUCAAGACUCUGGACCUUCAGUGGCUAACCGGCGCCAUCACCAAUGGAUCUAACAUCAUUUACUCAUAUUUACCUCUUAGACCAAAGAUAAAGGCCAACAAAGAUUUGGUCUUGGUUCUUAAUCCUGCAUUUAUGAAAUAUGUUCAUGAAGUCUGGCUUGACUAUCAAGGCAAAUACCCCUCCACUGGAUUCAUGGCUUUAAUAUUACCCAUACAUAUUUGUGACGAGGUGAAUGUGUAUGGAUUUGGUAAAGACAAAGAUGGCCACUGGCACCACUACUGGGAAGCACUAACCAAUAAAUGGCUCAAAACUGGAAUACAUGAUGGAAACUAUGAGUGCAAGGUCGUCAUGAAGCUCUCGGAAAAAUUCAAACUACAGAUAUAUUAA